AUGACCUCUGCGAUUUCAAACUUGAUGAAAUCUAGAGAUUUCUACUUAAGAAAAGUAAAGAAAUCUGGGUGAGACGAGGAUUGGGCUUCUUAUCGAUUACAUAGAAAUCAAGUCAGAGCUUCUACAAGGAAUGCCAAGUCUGAUUAUAAUCGAAACUUGAUUCAAGAAAAUCUCGACGAUCCGUGCAGCUUUUGGAAGACUAUGAAGAAACUCUUCCCAAAUAAAUCAAGUCAAAUUCUAGAUCAAUAAACCAACUGAAAUUCGAUGGAGAGUUGAUCACGGAUAAAGAUAGUAUCGCCGGUUGCUUUUGUAAAUACUUUUCAGAGAUUUAAUUGCGACUCUCAAGUCAAUUCCAGAGAAGCGCCGUUGCUACUUCGUUUUGUUCCAAAUUUACUGAUGAUAAAUGUCACUUGGCACUAGUAUUUAAUGGCUUCAUUCACAAACAGCUGGCUGAGUCAAAGGUAUCAAAAGCAACAGGUCUUGGUGGCCUCCCGUUCAUGUUGCUAAAG